UUAGCAAAUUACAGUAGAUCAGAUUUACCAUCGGAGCUCUAGAGAGAGAGAGAGAGAGAGAGGAUGUCUCACAGUCACGGGAACUCUUGGUCGGCCAACGAUCCACGGCAGCCUUCGGCGGCGAAACCUUACACUCCAAAGCCUGUUGCGCCGGAGGAUCUUCCCGUUGACUACUCCGGAUUCAUCGCCGUUAUCCUCGGCGUCUCCGGCGUUAUGUUCAGGUACAAGAUAUGCUCGUGGCUUGCAAUUAUAUUCUGUGCACAAUCUCUGGCCAACAUGAGGAACUUGGAGAACGAUUUGAAGCAGAUCUCCAUGGCUAUGAUGUUUGCAAUCAUGGGAUUGGUCACUAACUACUUAGGGCCAAAUAGACCCGCCACCAAGAAAUAAUCCUCAAGUGUAAGAGGGUAACGAAGUACUCUGCUUUUUGAUGACGUCGUUUAUCGAACUUGUUUGGUUCUUGUUUCCACACCAGAGAUUGCGCAAUGGAGCUAGUGUUUUAUUUUUGUGUUCAACUCUCUAAUCUUUUUAGUAACAAAUUAGAACCCUGAGCUCUUUGUUCAUUUGUGGGGGUUUAAAGAUUAUAGAUCCAGAUGCAAAGAAUGUGAAAACCAACUUUUCUCUUUUGAUCUCCCCUUUUACACU